AUGUUUACAGUAGUUGUUCCAGAUAAGGCGAAGGUUUUUCAUAAGGAGCGCAGCAAACUUUACUGUUCGGUUUCAACGCUUCCUCGCGUGGGUGUCCCGCGCAGUGCUCUCCCUGGGCGUGCUUUGGUUCCGUCUCGAGCUGGGAGAGUGCUGCAUGCUUCGCCCUCUGAAGUUUACAACUCCAAACGAAGCCGGCUCGGCCGGCUGCGCGCCACGAUGACGGAGACUGUAAAAAUUGUUACCCUUGUCUAUGCGGCCGUUAUGGCAGUAGGUGGGGUGGGUGCUUAUGCGCGCACCAAGUCAAAGGCUAGUAUUAUUAGCGGCUUAGGUGCCGCGGUACUCCUUGGGGUGGCAUACUCACAAUCAUCAAUAGCCCUUGCGCUUGGCGUUUCCCUUGUGUUGACUGUCGUGUUCGGGAUCAGAUAUGCCAAAACGAGGAAAGUCAUGCCAGCCGCUAUCCUUGGCAGCGUGUCUGCCGCAGUCGCGAUCUUCUUAGCCAUAGCCCUAACUAGUGCAUAA